AUGAUUUUAACAACUUUUGUCAUUAUAUUGUCUUUGCCAGACUCAGUUUUCACCUUGAGGGGUGACGGCAGCUCACCGUCCCGGCCCGUCCGCCUGGACUGCGUAAAGGCCAGUGAGCAAUGUCUGAAGGAGUACAGCUGCAGCACCAAGUACCGGACGAUGAGGCAGUGCGUGGCGGGGAGGGAGAGCAACUUCAGUGCGGUCACCGGUCCCGAGGCGCAGGGCGAGUGCCGCAGCGCCAUAGAAGCCAUGAAGCAGAGCCCCCUGUACAACUGCAGGUGUAGAAGAGGCAUGAAGAAGGAGAAGAACUGCCUCCGGAUCUUCUGGAGCAUAUUUCAGAGUUUACAGGGUAACGACUUGCUGGAAUACUCUCCAUAUGAACCCGUCAAUAGCCGGCUCUCAGAUAUCUUCCGCCUGGCCCCCAUCAUAGCUGUUGAGCCUGCAUCCACAAAGGAGAACAACUGUCUGAAUGCUGCCAAGGCCUGUAACCUGAAUGACACAUGUAAGAAAUACCGCUCAGCUUACAUCAACCCGUGUACCAGUAGGGUGUCUGCCUCUGAGGUCUGCAACAAGCGCAAAUGCCACAAGGCCCUACGUCAGUUCUUUGACAAGGUUCCAACUAAAUACAGCUAUGGGAUGCUGUUUUGCUCCUGUCCAGCGGGCGAUCAGACAGCAUGUGCAGAACGCAGACGACAAACAAUUGUACCCAUCUGCUCCUAUGAGGAUAAAGACACUCCUAACUGUCUGUCUCUUCAGAACACAUGUAAGACCAACUACAUCUGCAGGUCAAGGCUGGCAGAUUUCAUCAGCAACUGUCAGCCUGAAGCUCGCUCCAUAUCCGGCUGUCUGCGGGAGAACUACGCUGACUGUCUGCUGUCUUACUCAGGUCUUAUUGGUACGGUGAUGACACCCAAUUAUGUGCGAUCACUUGGUAUCAGUCUGUCACCGUGGUGUGACUGCAGCAGCAGCGGGAACAGCAAGCCAGACUGUGAUAAAUUUGCUGAGUUUUUCACCAGCAAUCGAUGCCUGCGUAACGCCAUCCAGGCAUUUGGCAAUGGUACUGAUGUUGGAGUUUGGCAGCCCCAACCUCCAAUUCAGCCUACUAUACUGCAGCCUAGCAUCACUCGAAGGGGUAAAGACGGAACCAGUAAUGCACUGGAUGCACUGACAGACAUGACCAAACUGGAUCUUGGUGGCGACUCAUUUUAUCACAUCUGCGGGACCUUACAGGCCCAAAAACUGGUGUCAAAUCAAACAGUGGAUGCUGCAAUGUGUGUGAACCAUCAGCUGGACGAGUCCAGUGACUCAAAUGCCAUUCCUAGAAGCUCAGCAGCUGAACUCUUCUGCUUACACCCCUCCAGUAUGCUCCUCGCUCUAGCCUUUGCUUUAACACCAAUAGUACCACUGCUUGAAGAUUUCCAGCUUUUGUAGGAUCUCUGGACAUUGGAUCAACGCUCUUAAC